AUGGUGUCAAAGACUAAGAGGAAAGCCCCAACCAAAUCAAUCAAAGAUCUUAACAAACGCCGUUGGCGUCGAAAAUCCCCGAUAAAAAACGUCGUCGCGGCAUCCUCCGCCGUCCUCUCCUCCAUCCACCGCCGCAUCUCGAAACUCCUCUCGAAACUAGGGCUAACCCGCCUCAGUUCAAAUCGCAAACGAAACAGCUACAAAAUCCUCAAGAAAACAAACCAUUUCCAUUUCCCACACGAAAAUUCCCUAGACACCGUUUGCAAAACCCUCCUCUUCGAUGACAACGAGCCCUCACUUCUUCCUCCAACUCUCUCAAAUCGGAAAACCGUUUUUCUCGAUCUCGAUGAAACCCUAGUCCACUCCACAACAACUCUCCCUCCGGGGAGUUUCGAUUUUAUCGUCCGGCCAACCAUCGACGGCGAACCGAUGGAUUUCUACGUCUCGAAGCGGCCCGGAGUCGAUGAAUUGCUGGAAUCAUUGGCGUUGAAAUACGAGAUAGUGAUUUUCACCGCCGCGCUUAAGGAGUACGCGUCUUUGGUUCUCGACCGGCUCGACCGGAACCGGUUUAUUUCGCACCGGCUUUACCGUGACUCGUGCCGUAGUAUUGAUGGGAAGCUUGUGAAGGAUUUGUCUGUUGUGGGAAGAGAUUUGAAACGGGUUGUUAUUGUGGAUGAUAAUCCGGUGUCGUUUUCGAAUCAACCCGAAAACGCGAUUUUGAUUCGGCCUUUUGUUGAUGAUGUUUGUGAUCGUGAGCUUUGGAAAUUGAGAAGCUUUUUGAAUGGGUCGGAUUGUUUUGAUGAUAUGAGGGAGGCUAUUAAGCACUUCGUCGCGGAGAGAGACCGACGCUAG